AUGAGAGAAAUUGGUGCUGCCUUUUGGGAAACAAUUUGCGGAGAGCACGGCCUUGACGAUGAAGGAAACUACGUAGGAGACAACGAUCUCCAGAAAUCAAGAUUGGGCGUGUACUUUAAUGAGGCCAACAGCGGCAAAUACGUGCCUAGAGCUGUACUAGUCGAUUUGGAACCUGGUACCAUUGAUGCAGUCAGAUCUUCCAACCUGGGAAACCUUUUCAGACCAGACAAUUAUAUCUACGGACAAUCAUCUGCCGGAAACGUUUGGGCCAAGGGUCACUAUACAGAGGGAGCAGAGUUGGUUGAUUCAGUCAUGGAUGUUGUAAGAAGGGAAGCUGAAGGUUGUGACUCCUUACAAGGUUUCCAAAUCACCCAUUCAUUGGGUGGUGGUACAGGUUCCGGAAUGGGUACCCUUCUGAUCUCCAAGAUCAGAGAAGAGUUUCCAGACAGAAUGAUGGCAACCUUUUCUGUCGUCCCAUCUCCAAAGGUUUCUGAUACCGUUGUCGAACCAUACAACGCUACACUGUCCGUAUACCAGCUGGUUGAGUAUGCUGAUGAGACCUUUUGUAUCGACAAUGAAGCUUUGUACGACAUCUGUGUCAGAACUCUGAAACUAAACCAACCUGCCUACGAGGACUUAAACAAGUUAGUUUCCGCUGUCAUGUCUGGAGUUACUACAUCUCUACGUUACCCAGGCCAACUGAACUCUGAUUUGAGAAAGUUGGCUGUGAACUUGGUGCCUUUCCCAAGAUUACACUUCUUUAUGGUCGGAUAUGCUCCAUUGACCGCCUUGGGUUCUCAGUCCUUCAGAUCUCUGACUGUUCCAGAAUUAACCCAACAGAUGUUUGACGCUAAGAAUAUGAUGGCUGCUUCCGAUCCAAGAAACGGUCGUUAUCUCACUGUUGCUGCCUUCUUCAGAGGUAAGGUGUCUGUCAAGGAAGUUGAAGAUGAGAUGCACAAGGUUCAAACCAGAAACGCUGACUACUUUGUUGAAUGGAUUCCUAACAAUGUUCAAACUGCUGUUUGUUCUGUUCCUCCAAAGGGUCUCGACAUGUCUGCUACUUUCAUCGGAAACUCCACAUCUAUUCAAGAACUAUUUAGAAGAGUCGGUGACCAAUUCAGCGCCAUGUUUAGAAGAAAGGCUUUCUUACAUUGGUACACUUCUGAAGGUAUGGACGAGUUGGAAUUCACUGAAGCUGAGUCUAAUAUGAACGAUCUGGUAAACGAAUACCAACAAUACCAGGAAGGAAUCGACCCAGAUGAAGAACUAGAUUAUGCUGAUGAAGAUGUUCCACUAGUUGAUGUUGCAGAAUAA